UUAAAACCAAAUCAUUUCAAAGAUGACACGAAUUAGCAUUUUUAUCAUCGCUUCAGUUCUUGUUUUGGGAGUUGCCGUUCAAUUUGGCUACGCAGCAUCGGUAACAGAUGCGCUUGAUGGACUUCCAAAUUUGUCAGAUUUAGUAAAAACUCUAAAGGCAUUAAUCGAAGCCUUCUUCUAUUUGAUACAAGAGCUACCAAAAUUAACAAAAGCAGUUGUACAGUUAGCAGAGGCUGUGGGAGAUGUCGCAAAAUUGACUAAACCACUCGGUACAAUUGCUGACAUCGUAAAUCCAGUGUUGACGAAUAUAAGCGCUCUUACAAAUGGACAAACUGGAUCACCUGCAUCGGGUAUUUUAUCUGGGUUGGGCAAAUAAGUAAAACUACAGGAAAAAGUGUAUAAUUUCAAACAAGAAAUAAAUAAAUAAUUUAAUAUUGUCAUUUGGCAAAGCAUAAA